AUGACCGAUUCCAUGUUCAUGAUUGUGGAGAAGGAUGACACGACAUUCAUUUCAGAACGAAAGACCUUCCUCACUCUCACACGGACCAAAGAUGAAUUUGAAAAAAACGAAUCAACAACAACAACAACAACCAUGAACAACCUUCAAAGAAGAGACACAACAUUCAUCCCUAUGAGAGAAGAAGAAACCAACAACCACAGUCAUCAUGGCCACGCCCUGCACGAAUCUCUAAUUUUGUCGACUAUUUUUGGAUUUUAUUUGAAUAUCGGAGGAGUGGAUUCAACAGCAUCGAAGAAGAAGGACAGUUCGGAGGAGGAGAAGAAGAAGGAACCAUUGAAUCAACAACAACAACAACAACAACAAACAACUAUGAACAGUAGUAUUUCGACAUCAUCCUCCUCAUCCACCUCUUCAUCAUCACAUUCAGUAGUGAACAUUCCAUCAUCGCAUUCACUUGGUGAGAUUUUGUCCCUUCGUUUAGUGUGCAAAUCGUGGAAAUAUUUUCUCGAAAAGGAAUCCAAAGUCAUCAUUCCGAAAUGUGUCGUUCCAUUGAUUCGUGAGAGAAUUCGACAAGAAUACGAUCAGCAUUCCAGAAAGGCCUUUCCUUGUCAUGACCAACAACAAGAAUCUUCAUUAUCACUCCUUCUUCUAAUAGAAGAGAAUUCCAACGAAACAAACUCAUCAUCAUUACAUGUUCACAAUCCACAUCGAUGCAUUCCAUUUGGAGAAAUUCUAUCUUCCCUUGCUUGGUUGUGUGCAGUUCCUUUUGGAUUGGGAUGGAAACAUGUUCAUAAAUUGGAUGGAACCAUCAUUCCUCAACGAUUGGUGAGUCCAUUCUUUUUAGUGUGCAUGUCCAUGAGUGGAGUGUUGGGAUCUUUGAUGGCUUUUACGCUUUGGAAGAUGCCACUAUUGAUUCCAAUUGGAGCAUGUGGUGUGGUGGUGGAGAAUGUUUACAAUGGAGUGAGUGAUUGGAGAAUGAGAAGAAGACUUUUACAAAUGAAACAAGAAUAUGAGGCAAAAUGUGAAGCAUUGAAUCAAUGGGCGAACAAACUCACGAGUAGUAGUAGUAGUGGUGGUGAGGAAAGUCAUCAUCUUGAUGAAUUUUGA